AAUUCGGUUAAGCACUUAAAGCGACGUCAACGGCUGGCCAAAAAAUAAGAAAGAAACAAAGAAGGCGAAGAGGUAGGCGGGGCCCAUGUGGCCCACAAGCGGCCGAUGCGACGUCAAUGCGUUGACUACAACAGCAAAAGCAACAACAACAGCAGCAACAACUUCAAUAAGAAAAGCCAAGUCAAGUAACAAACGAGAACAAAUUGCUUGGCCAAGUUACGUGCAUAGUUCAAUUGAAGGUGAAAUCCACUAGCUAAAGCCCUGGGAGUAACAGAGAGGGAGAGUGAAUAAGUGAGUGAGAGAGAGAGAGAGGAGAGUGUGUGAGCGAGAGUGAAGCCUCGGCCAGUACCCGCAUCAACAUGUCCAGCAGCCAUUCGGGCACAAUUGGCCGUAAACGCGUUGGCAGCGGCAGCGCCAUCGGCAGCGAAUUUUACUAUGGCAGCAGCAUAAGUGGCUCGAACCCCGGCGGCGGUGGCAUUAGCAGCUCGAACCCCAACGGAGAGCAACAGCAGCUGAGGCGUCAACGUUCAGCCGAAUGGCAUAGCCAUCGACAUGGACACGGCUAUGGCAGCAGCAGCGAGGACGAAUAUCAAAAUACCGCCCAGGCAACGGCCUUUGAUACGCAGCUGUUGGCUCAGCUGCUGCUGCAGAGUCAGCAAUUGGCAAGUGAGUAAACCACACGCACACGC